AUGCAGGGCGCUGGUGACGGGGCAAACAUGGCAGCAAGUCAGAGCCUGUACGAGCAUAGAGCAUGGAGCUUCACGCCCGAGAAAACUCCGAGGACAAGUAGAUCCAAGAGCCCAGUACAGGAAGCGAUGGAACAGAAAGCAAGGAGACAGGAGAGGUUCAACGCUGUCAUGCAGCAGAGGGCCGAGAAGGAGGUAGAGGGUUGCUCUUUCAAACCUGAGCUGUCAAAACGAUCUCUGGGUCUGGUCGAUAAGAAUCCUUACCUAAGAGCAGAGCCCCUGCACUCACGAGGAGCGAGCAAGAGCCCAGCGGUGUCGAAGGAGACGUCAGAAGACCCUCCGAUCUCAGUGAUGAACGAAGUCUCGAGGAUUCUGCUGAUGCGGAAAGGCGACCGGCAUGGCCCUGUGCAUGAGCGACUGAUAGAGUUCGGGAAGAAAGCCAAGGAGAAGAGCCAGGGUCGAUUGCAAGAGCUGCAGAUGCAAGAGCAGAAGAACAGCACUUUCUCUCCGAAGAUAGAUCACAACUCUGAGCGACUGGUCUUGUCCCGAGACGGAGGGCAGGAUGCGAUGGAGAGGCUGACGUGUGAGUACCUGCAGAAGCGGCGGGAGAAGAGAGAGAGGUUGUUGCAAGAGGCAGAAGAGAAGCUGCAGCAAGCUACCCAGCAGAAGAGCUUCAUCACCGCCACCAGCAAGCGGUUGCUGGAGAAGGCUCAGUCUACUGGGAGGUUGACGCCGAGGUCAGACUCGGGCAUCUCCCGCUCCCGGACGCCAAUCUCUGACAACGGGGACAGAGCUCCGCAGCAGAAGCAGAUGCCCUCACCUAACCUGACUCGAGGCAGAAGCGCGAGGCAGUCGUGGAGCGGCAUCUCCAGCAUCUUGAGUGACGACAGCAACGAGAACUUCUGUGUUGGCGCCUUUGACUUCCACGAGGAGCUGCGAAAGAAUGAGCUCAAGACCAAGACGUUGGAGCAGAUCAUGAGCAAGACAAAGACUCCGAGCCUCGUUUCUCCUCGAGGGAGCGCGGAAGGAAUCAUGUCGCCGAUAUCUUCCUCUCAGUCAACUCCUGCUAGUCUUCUCAAAUGGCAUGGAUGGAACAAGAUGCGAGCAGGAAAAGGCAGCCAAGACGACUCCAUAAUCAACAACCACUCGGAGAAGACAUCUCAUUUUGAACAAAACGAUAUUAGAUUGCAAAUGCAGCAACUGACUCAGGAAUAUGAACAACUCUCUCAGAAUUACAAGCUGCUCGAGAGUGAAGUGCUGGCGCUUCAGAACGAAAAUCGACAACUGGCGCAAGAGAGGGAUGUUGCAAGGAAGCAGAACGAGAAGCUGAGGGCGGACAUGGACGCAAUCACGGAGAAAGGACAGGCGGUAGUUCGACUGAACGCUCGCCUGAUGGCGCAGAUCAAAGAUCUCAAGAGCAAGGAUGUGCGGGGGAAACAACAGCCGCUCACUGAUAACCAGCUCUCCGUUCAUGUCCAUUUCCAAGAUGAGCCAGCUGAAGACAACGAAGAGCACUGA